UCCUACUCUCUUCAGUUCCGCUUCAUGAAGCUGCGAUUUCCCGUGGAAGCCGCAGGCCGCCAGGAAAUGAGACCGCGUCCCGUCCCUUCCACCUACGCGCCCCCUCCCGUCCUACGGUUUCCCGAUCCCGUGCCCCUCCUCGCCGGCGACUCGCGCUCCAACCACACCACGCCACCGCCCGCUGAAUCGGUCGCCUCGUCGCGCGAUCGGCCCCGCUGCCGCUGAAAUCAGGGUUGAUUGCCAGGGGCAGGGAGUCUGCCUCGCGCGCAGGACGCGGGGGGAGGCAUGAGGCGCGUGUCGUUCACGCGCGCCGUCCUGCUCCUCGGCGUCGUCGCGCUCGGGCUCUGGCUCCUGAGCGUGGAAUUCGCCGUGGUCGGCGGCGGGGGGAGUGCCGCCGACCCCGCCGUCAGGGCCGCGGUGGCCGGGAGGAGGACCCACGCCCAGGCGGCUGUCCGGUCGCCGGACGCGUGGCGCACCCGCGAGUGGCGGCGGGAGGUCGACCGCCACGCCGCCGUCCUCCGCAGGCACCUCGCGGACGGCAUGCUCGCCGCGUCCUCCGUCGCGGUCUGCCUCGGCGGCGCCCAGGAGGCGAUGGCGCUGCGGGAGCUCGGCGUGGUCGGCGCCGUCGCGGUCACCAGGAAGCGGUCCCCGCCCCUCGCCGUCGCGGGAAACGACCGCCGGCUCCCGUUCCCGGACUCCUCCGUCGACUUCGUCUUCGCCGGGCGCGCCCUCGACCGCACCAAGCGCCAGGCCGACCUCGCCAGCGAGGCGGCACGGAUCAUGAAGCCGGACGGCCACGGCCACCUCGUGGUCCUGACGUCCGGCGCCGGCGACGCCUACAGCCUCCGGUCCCUCCAGGCUCUCCUCCCAUCCCUCCGGUUGUUCCGCUCCCGCGUGAUCAACGGCGCGGAUGGCUCCACGCUCCGGGAGCUGGUCUUCCGGAAGCAUGCAGACGUCUCCAACGGCAACAAUUCCGCAGGCAACUGCACGAAUCGCGAUCACAAGCUCGAAAUCAUCGGCCUCGCCGAGCCACUGAUCCAACAAGAGCCGGCAAAGCCAUGGCUCGCGCUGAAGAGGAACAUCAAGAACAUCAGGUACCUGCCGGCGCUCGCCGACAUCGGCUUCAAGCGCCGGUACGUGUACAUCGACGUCGGCGCCCGGAGCUACGGAUCCAGCAUCGGCAGCUGGUUCCGGAAGCAGUACCCGAGGCAGAACCACACCUUCGAGGUGUUCGCCGUCGAGGCUGACCCGGCGUUCCACGCCGAUUACGCCAGGAGGAAAGGCGUCACCCUGCUCCCCUACGCCGCCUGGGUACGGAACGAGACGCUCAGCUUCGAGAUCAACGAUGGCCCCGGCAAGAAGGGCGAUCACAACGCCAGAAAGCCGAACGGCCGCGGCAUGGGCCGCAUCAGGCCGGCGGCGGGCUCGAUGGACGGGGUGUCUUCCGGCGAGGUGCGGCGUAUCCCGGCGUUCGACCUCGCCGAGUGGCUGAAGCGGACGGUCUCCGAGCUGGACUACGUGGUGAUGAAGAUGGACGUGGAGGGCACCGAGUUCGACCUCAUCCCGAGGAUGAUCGACACCGGAGCGAUCUGCCUCGUCGACGAGCUGUUCCUCGAGUGCCAUUACAACCGGUGGCAGAGGUGCUGCCCCGGCGAGCGGUCGCCCAAGUACUCCAACACGUACGGCGAGUGCCUGGAUCUGUCCAUCUCACUCCGGAACAGCGGCGUGCUUGUGCAUCAAUGGUGGUGAUUAGUACACAAGGAAUGCGUCUUUGAACUGUCAACUCAAAGGUUUUAAUCAUAGAUGGACAAUUUUUGUGGGGCUCUCCAAUUGGAUUUUGCUCCCUGAACACAGAAUUGGAUUUUUUUUUGGAUGACAUUGUUUCUUCCAAAGGCUAUGUUGUUGUUGUUGGAUGACAUUGUUUCUGUAGGUUAAUGAUUGUUUCUUGUAGUUACAUGAAGAGGAGCAAUCUAUUG